CUUCUUCAACUUCAUCUUGGUCUUCUUCCUCUUGAUUGACCUCCUUCUUAGGAACUAUCUUCACUGUUUUCAAUUGACGAGUAUAGAGGUAAAAUGCGAUGACUGCUACGAAAUUUGGAAUGAAAAUAAUCCCUAAGCUUAGGCUUAUGUACUCUUGAAGUCUACACAGAGCAAGAAUAUAUGUCGCAAGGAAACCUAUUGGUACUCAACUUGAUAUCACAAUCUUCUCGAAAAGUGUCACAUUACGGUUUUGAGAGGUAAUCCCAUGUAAUAUGGUCAGAAUGGCUAUUGGAAGAAUCACUAUCCAAGUAGGAAUUGUAAUUAUGAACCAGUUUAAGUUAAUAACCUCAUCUAAUCUCAAAGCUCAUAGAGAAAGGAAACCUCCAAUCAGUAAAUUAGGGAGUAUGAUGGCAUGUAAUAAGCCAGAGUCAGAACAUCUGUCUUGCUUAAUUUUGAAUUCAGCUCCUGUUGAGAAAUAAUAUUUCCUCCUAGUUAGUCACCAGUAGCGCCGGGUAUCCUUAUACUUGAUCUCUCUUGGGUUAGUAACUGGAGGAGCAAUAUCACCAUCUUCUUCUUGCUCUCUGAGUGUAUUUAACGAAUCAAAAUCUAUCUCUCCUUUGAGAGAGUUUUUUAGAUUUUUUAUGAGUGUUGGCCUAAUCCUUCUCGAGCAAUCAGUUUUGUGUCUUAUACUUGAAAAUAUGGAAUCAAGCUGUUUGAAUCAGAUCAGUAAGCCAACAGGAAUCCAACAGAGUAAAAUCAUUGUCAUAUAAGAAAUAUCCAUGAGGAUCGUAGUUUUGAUCAGGAUCCCAGGAUAAAUUAGAAUUGUGAAGAGGCAUUUUAAAAACAAAGCCUUGCUUAAAUACAAGCUAUAAGGCCAGAAAAUAGGAUGCCGGAACUUCCUUCCUUUAACUUUUGAUAAAUUGUGGCUCAGAUUAAGAGAAUCCAGCUUAAUGUGAAAGGCAAGAAGAUUAAACCCAGAGGAAUAUCAACUAUCUCUUCAUCAAUAAUCAAGAGAACAGGAAACACUAGCAAGGACAUGAACAGGAAGAAGAGAAACCAUAUUAUUAUUCAUAAUUUUUGUUUCCACUUUCCAUCAAGU